GCUUUUUAAUAUCUUUCUGUUCGCAAUAUUUCGUAAAUACGCAGUAGGUACAGGAAUAUCGACUUAUUGAUUCAUAGUCUGCUGCAAUUCAGUAAAUCCACUAUUGCCCGUAAUUUCGGUAAUACGCAUAGGCUGGUAUAAAACCUCAAUAACAGUUGUUCAGUCAUCAGUCCCGCGGGGUCCGUUGUGAAGUUUAUAGUAUAAUAUUGAUUAAACUACUAAAAUGGCGACCGUUUUUAAGACAUUGUUGUUAUUAGCCGUAACAUCAGGCGCAUUAACAGUCCAGGCUCCGGGUGGUUAUUCAUAUAACCGUUUCAGCGGUCCAGUCAGCGGAAAGAUCGUGGAAGUUCAGGUGUCUCCCGCCAAGGGAAUCCCUGCACAGCAGCACGCCCAAUAUGGCUACGACCACAAUACAGGCAUGAUAAAUCCAGAAACGGCAAAGUAUGACCGUUUGAAAACAGUGGAUUAUAAGGCUAAACCAGACUAUCACUUCUCAUAUGGAGUCCAGGACCCACAUCACGGAAACCAGCAAGAUCACGUGGAAACCCGUGACGGUGAUGUUGUUCGUGGUGAAUACUCUCUUGUUGAACCUGAUGGUUCUAUCAGAGUAGUGAAAUACACAGCAGAUCCCAAAAACGGUUUUCAGGCAAUAGUCGAAAAGAAGCCGGGUGGUCAACCAAAUGCUCCGGUGCAUUAUGCAAAGAAAGAACAAAAUUAUCAAGAAUCUGAUUACUAGUCAUAGUUAAAAUAAGUGUUGCUAUUUGAAAGUUGUUUAAAAUAUAUUUAUUUGUUUUGUUGUAAAUGUUAAUUAGGUUUACAACCAAUAAAAAUAAAGGAAAUA